CGCCCCCUCCCUCUCCGCCAGGCGGAGUGGCUUUGGCGUCACGGUGCGCGCGGCGGCGAUGACGUCACGGGGGCGCCGGCGCGCGCGGCGGGGCUCGGUAUGAGGACGUUGUGGAGAUUCGGAUACUCUGCCAGACUACUGAAAACGAAUCAUCCUAGGACAGCUGCAUCAAAUACAUCAUUUCCAGCAGUUUGGAUGCUACUGGCGCAACAUUCUGGCAGAAUAGCUGGCCUCUUUGUGGUACCUCAGAAAGCCAGUUUUUGUACAAUGCGUGAAGCUGUGGAGGAUAACGCCAGCCCAGAACUGUAUUCGCCGCAUCCCGAAGUGCGUGGGAUGACGCUGCUCAACAGAGAAGCUUUCAAAAGGACGGUUGUUGUUCCGGUUCUUAAAGUAAAGAAAGAAAUCGUGCAUAGGCUGAUGAAGUCCCUGAAGCACACGGUCCUCCAGCGUCCUGGGCUAAAGCGAGUGAUUGAGGAUCCAGAAGAUGAGGGCAGUAAACUUGUUAUACUGGAUCCUCAUAAAGUCCCAGAAUUCUCACUGGGACAGUCAGAGCAGGAGGUCUUAAAGGAGCUUAACAUUCCUCCUGAGGUGUCCAGGUAUAACUUGGAGCUGACUUACGAGAAUUUCAAGUCAGAGGAGAUCCUCCGAGCGGUCCUUCCUGAGGGCCAGGAUGUCACCUCUGGUUUUAGCCGCGUUGGUCACAUAGCUCACUUCAAUCUUCGGGACCAUCAGCUCCCUUACAGACAUUUGAUUGGACAGGUUAUAAUCGACAAGAAUCCAGGCAUCACCUGUGUGGUGAAUAAAACCAGCAUUAUUGACAGCACGUACAGGAACUUUCAAAUGGAAGUGCUCGCUGGAGAGAGCAACCUGGUCACUAAGGUCAAGGAAAAUAAUAUCUCCUAUGAGUUGGACUUUGCUAAAGUCUACUGGAACCCCCGUCUUUCCACAGAACAUGGCCGUAUCGUUGAGCUUUUGCAGCCCGGUGACGUCCUUUUUGAUGUCUUUGCUGGGAUCGGACCUUUUGCUAUCCCAGCAGCGAAGAAAAAGUGCAUCGUGUUUGCAAAUGAUCUCAACCCUGAGUCCUACAAAUGGCUUCUGCACAACUGCAAGCUCAACAAAGUAGACAACAAAAUCAAAGCAUUCAACCUGGAUGGCAGAGACUUCCUCCUGGGGCCAGUAAGAGAAGAACUUAGUAAGGUGCUCACGCUUGAAAAGGAGGAGCAGAAACCCGCUGUCCAUAUAGUCAUGAAUUUGCCAGCUUCGGCUCUUGAAUUUCUGGAUGUUUUCAGGCAUCUCUUGGUCGGGGAGCCCUGCAGCGCUGCUGUCCUUCCCACGGUGCACUGCUACAGCUUCUCCAAACAUGAAAACCCAGCCAAAGAGAUGCAAGAACGGGCCGAGGCUUCGCUGGGAGCCUCCCUAGACGGGCGCUGUUCUACGUACCUAGUGAGGAACGUUGCCCCGAACAAGGAGAUGCUGUGCAUUAGCUUCCAGGUUCCAGCCGAUGUGCUGUACAAGAGGCCCUGCCCUGCUGAAGAAAAACCAGCCUCUAAGCGUCUGCGUACGAGCAAAGAUUCUACUGAAGAAAACUUAGUGAGUUGAAGACCCGCGUUUGGGUAACAACCUUACUGGUUUGUGUAAAGUACACCUAGGUUACGUCUGGUCUACCCCUUGAAUUGUUCCAUGAACACCAAUGUUACCCGCCUGAGGUGCAGAGAUGCACAGUGCACGUCACAGCUCUCCUCUGUGAGCAUUGCUUCCUGCAUUUACUGUUUGAACUGUGGGAUCAGUAACCAGGUCGGUAUUGUUCAAAAAAAUAAAAAUGCCUUUUUGUAACA